AUGUUUACGCUUGCGGAAUGUGAGGUUAGUGAUAAGAGUUUUGUUAUUAUGGCCGGUAAAAAAGUCUUUGUGACUGUGGGGACCACCAAAUUCGAACGACUGGUUGAGGAAGUGUCCAAAGAUGGGGUUUUGGAAGUUUUGUUUUCGUUGGGGUACACGGUCGUGCAGUUUCAAGUGGGUACAGGCGCCUUCAAACAAAAAUCUCAUGAGAAAGUCGAGCUAAAGUACGACUCUUAUUUUGAAAAUUUCUCUGAAGUAGUAGAGGCGUCAGACUUGGUGAUUAGUCACGCGGGGGCUGGUACGUGUUUGGAGGUGUUAAAGAAGCGAAAACCCCUGAUUGUUGUUAUCAAUGAGGACUUAAUGGAUAACCACCAGACGGAACUGGCGCACCAAUUAGCUAAAGAUGGGUAUCUCCAGUGUUGCACACCAUCCACUUUAAAAAAUGUUUUGCUUGAUAAUAAAACAAAUUUCAAGCCAUACCCUAAACCAAACGCAGCCACUUUCAGCCACUAUUUAGACAAAUGCAUGGGUUUUGAAACAACACAAUGUACAUAGAUCUUUAUUACAAACAAUAAAUUACACUAGUUUUUUCGCUUCAAAGAA